GACUUUCCAUAGAUAUGGAAGAAACCCAUCAAACAAAUUGCUGAAAUUCUCGAAAUCAACUCAACAUUUAGGUUUUUUCUACGAUUUCUUCUCCUCCUGUUUUAUUUCAAUUCAUUUUAUUCAAUGCCUUUUGUUUGUUUGUUUGUCUGUUGUUUGUAUCGGCCAUGAUUUCACACAUUUGCUUGAAUGUUGCUUCUUGUUCUUCGGAUCUAGCAAGGAAAUCGUUUGAUUUUUUUCUAAUUGUCUGGUAGAAAACAUAAACGUUUGUCUUGAAUUGCAGUUUUGGCUUCUUGAAAAUCUGACAGUAGGGUGCGUUUGGAUUGUUGGAAUGAUAAAGCCUCAAAUUGUUGAUUAAAACACGAGGCCUUUAGGGAUCCAUGGGAAGCUUAUCUUUAAUAUAUAGCAAUGGCACUGUGUUGCAUCUUAAAGUUUGUGUCUUUUUCCGUCCCCAAAAUUUGGACCCGUCUUUGUGUAACUGAGCAUUGCUUUGUUUUGUUCAUGCGAAAUUACCAUUUUAUACGACAACAUAUCUAGUAAAAUUUCAGAGUGGAGUAUGAGGAGGUUGUGUUUACGCAGAACUUACCCCUACUUGGAAAGCAGAGAGAUUGUUUCCAAGACAAUCCCGACUCUAAAUUGCCAUUUUAUACUCAAUAAAUGUAUGUAUGGAUAUAAACUAGUAAGUCAGACACGUUUGAAGUAGAGGUAAGGUUUGUGUACAUCUCAUCUCUGGUUUGAUUGGUUUGUCAGUUAGUUUGUUUGUGAAGUAUUGUUAGAAAUACAAUGCUCUCAAGUCUCAACAUCUUGCAGUUAUUCAAUCAGGAGCUUUCCUCACAUGGCAUCUCCUAAAGGAAAAGCUAUUGUGAUUAUGGGCCCAAGUGGUGCAGGAAAGUCAACAAUAGGUCAGAUGCUUGGAAAUGCCAUAAAUGGUCGCUUUGUUGACGCAGAUGAUUUUCACUCUCCCUCGAACAAAGAGAAGAUGAGGAAUGGGAUCCCUUUGUCCGAGGAAGAUCGCGUGCCGUGGCUCGAAUCACUACGUGACAUAGUGAGAGAAAACAUAACGAAGGGCCAAACAAUGGUUCUUGCUUGCUCUGCUCUCCAAACACGGUACAGACAAAUCCUAAGAUCUGCUGAUGCGAGUUAUCAACACGGCAAAGUUUGUUCGGUGAGAUUUGUUUUGUUGGAUGUGUGUCCCGAUGUUCUUGCUGAUCGGCUAAGCAAAAGAGCGGCAGAAGGGAAACAUUUCAUGCCUCCAAAUCUCUUGAAAUCUCAGUUGGAUUUGCUUCAAGUAGAUGAAUCAGAAGGCAUAUUGAGGAUAGAUGGGACAUUGAUUCCUCAAGACAUAGUUAGCAAGAUCCAAGCUUCCCUUGAUUGAUUUUGUGUGUAUAUAUUGUUUAUCUUUUUUUAAAAAUGCACAUGCAUGUUGAAGUCCAAAUUGUAUUAUGCACUACUUUCUUGUUUGAUGACUUUGAUCAAGAUUUGAAUGCUACUCCCACCAUCAUAGAAUAUUGGUCUAGUUUCAUUUUUUCGAGUUAAAUUGGAAAGAUUUAGUCAUUAAUUACAUUAAAUUUGCUUUUCAUAU